CUCGAGAUAGAUCACAGAAAAGUAUCAUCUCUAAGAAGACCGAGCCACAGCUAAAGAACUUCUCACCCUUUUUCCUCGCUAAAGAUUUCAAACAAUGAACUGAUGAAGUGAUCACAAAAUAAGUCACUUUUUAACCUACAGCCUUCUAGAGCCGAUAUGGAAGGAGGGAGAUUAUUUAGGACAGGAAUUUACAAGAUAGUAGGACACCAUGUCAAGGUUUUUGCUUUAAAUGUGAUAUUUCUCGUUUUUGUUUCAUGCGCUAGUUUGCCUAAAGACAAUAUUCCUGUCCGAAGUGCUUCGCCUUUGAAAAUCGAUGUGACAAAACCCGCUUGUUCAGAUAGAAGUGAAAAAAACAAUACUACGCCUAGACCUAUCUGCCAAUCAGAGAGUUGUAGAGCGAUUUCACAGUUAAUCCAAAAAGUUCGCAAUACGUCGGUAGAACCUUGCGACAAUUUUUAUGAGUAUGCCUGUGGACAGUGGAUCAAGGACAAUCCAGUGCCAAAAGGGCAUUUGCAGUUCUCUCGGAUAACACAACUGUCCAAAAAUAACGAGCGAAUCAUGAAAGAAAAUCUGGUUGGCGAUUCACCAAGUGACACGGAAACGCUGAUGAAAGUCAAGAAUUUUUAUAGGUCGUGCUUCAACGAGGAAAUCAUUGACAAGCUUGGGAAUAAGCCGUUGUUAGAUUACAUUGACAGCUUAGGAUCUUGGUCUCUGGCUAAGAAAUGGAAAGCAAAGAGUUGGAGUUUCUACGAUACAUUAGGUUAUGUACAGAGGAACUACCCCGUGGAGGUGUUCUUCAGUGUAAAUGUUAUUCAGGAUCCCGUUAAGAAGAAGGGAAGCACAGAAAGAAAAUAUGUCAUUCUGAUUGACCAAGCAACCUUAAAUCUUCCGCAAAUCAUCUAUUUCACAAGCAAAAAGAUUUUAAAAGAAGUGUGGAAGUACAUGUCAAUUAUUACAAGUCUUGCUGGAGUCAGCAAAAAAGAAUCCAAACGAGCAAUGAGGGACUUGCUUCUUUUUGAGGGAAAACUUGCGCUGUACUGGGUUCCGAAAGUGUCCAAGAAAUACGUACGGAUUCCUAUUGGUAAGCUGAAGGAGGCUCUUCCAGAGUUUCCUUGGCUGAAGCACUUGCAGAAGGUGUUGUCAAGGCCAGAUCUCACAGAAGACGACUUGGUAGUGGUACUAGCCAAUGACUACUUACAGAACAUGUUGAACCUACUGCGCACAACCAAAAAGAGUACUUUAUCAACGUAUAUGGUAUGGCGUUCCAUAAAAGAUGUUGUGCCUCUCCUUUCCAAAGAAUUCCGAGCGGUUCACCGAAAAUUUAAGGUCAAACUUCUUGGAAGUAAAAGAAACAAGACCAGAGCAGACAUCUGUUUUAGCUACACCAACAACAUCCUCGGCCCUAUGCUUGGGGCGUUGUUCAUCAGAAAUGCGUUUGGUCCAAGCAGCAAGGAGAAGGUGGAAGUAAUGAUGGACGGCAUCAUCCGGGCAUUUAAAGAUCGUGUGGCGGGCGUGGGCUGGAUCGAUAAUCAAACUGUCCAAGCCGUCAGAGAAAAAGCGGAUGCAGCACUUUAUCAAGUUGGAUAUCCUGAUUACUUGUGGAACGAAAACAAAUUCUCCGAAAGAUAUAAAAUGCUGAACAUUACAGAGAACCAGUGGUUUCAGAAUGUACUGAACACCGACCAAUUUUCUAACUAUCAAACUUACCACAAGUGGGGAAACCCAGUUGAUAGACGUCAGUGGAUAACUGUUCCUCAGUUGGUGAACGCUUUCUAUGUUAUAACUAAGAAUGAGAUAGUGGUACCAGCGGGAAUUCUGCAGGAGCCAUUCUUUUAUGGAAACGACAUACCAAGGUCCAUAAGUUACGGUGCCAUUGGUCACGUGCUCGGUCACGAGUUGACGCACGGUUUUGAUACGACAGGACGAAAAUUCGAUAAGAACGGUGAACUUAUUGAAAAACGAACUCAGUGGAGUGAGCCUGCAAUAAAGAUGUUUCAAGAAAAAGCUAAAUGCUUGGUGGAGCAAUUUUCACAGUACAAAGUCCUCAACAAAUUCCAUAUUAGUGGAGAGAAAACUCUUGGCGAAAACAUUGCUGACUUGGGAGGAGUCAACCUUGCUUAUCACGCUUAUAAUUCGUUUAUCGAGAAGUAUGGGCAGGAACAAGUACUGCCGGAGCUUAACAUGACAAGUCAAGAGCUUUUCUUUAUCGGAUAUGCUCAGAAAGAGUGUACCCACACCACUCCAGCCGCCGAAUUCUUGUCAGUAACAGAGGACGUACACGCCCUGACUAAAUACAGGGUUAUCGGUACCUUGUCAAAUUUUAAGGAAUUUUCCGAUGUUUUCAAGUGUAAAGAGGGAUCAUAUAUGAAUCCAAAGAAGAAAUGUGAAGUUUGGUAGACGUACGAUGUACGAAGGUCAUAAGAACAAGUGCUCUAGCAUAUUCGUCGACUUUGCUAUGAUAUUAGGGACCUUUAGCACUGACGACGAGAACGCGGACGACGACGUAUAUGACCGAUUUAGGCCUGGGAAGGGACCUUCGUCCACGGCGAGAAACAUAAAUACUUUAGCACAUCGGUUACGUGGACGAGUCCUUUACUGCUUAUUUGAAAAGGCAAAAAUUAUCCACCAAAACAAUUUAACUUUUUUUCAGUGUUGUAAUCAACGUCAAGUGAUUCAGAGCUAAGCUAAGUUUACAUACACAGUCGAUCCGAGCGGUUCGGAUAUUUUUCAAAGCCCAGAAAUCUUAAAAAUGUCAGCUGGUAUAAAUUACAAAACUAUAACGAAAUGUCCGCGAUUUAUCUUUAGAAAAGCAUUUAUAAGGCUACGUACAUACCCUGCAGCACUUUUAUCAUCAUCCGCCAUUGCUUUCUCCGCUGUAAACUGAAAAGCUCAAUCUGCAACUCAAAAGAAAUAAAGUUUUUUUCCAUCACGGUUCGAUAAAAUUACUUUCGGCACUGUUUUUAUUCCCUAACCGACCCUUUAGAUUGAAGAAAUCCCUUAGAUAGGUAAGUAGAAAUUAGAGAACAAAUAACACAUACUCACGUUCUCGUCAAGACGGCGAAUGGCGCCAAAUGGCGUACUGCACGACGUCGACAUGUGGACGACGACUCGUGCUCGAUUGGGCAUGCGUGGUAGCAUCGAAGUUCGUUUUCCCAACUUCCGGUCGGUCACGUUCACGUUCUCGUCGACACUGCUAAAGGUCCCUAAUUCCAAACCCCGUAUGCAGUUUUUGUUUUGUUUUUCUUUUCUUACGUCUGCUUUCAGUCGACCGAAGAGCGUUCUCUUCCAGUCGAAUAUUGUAACGGUAAGAAAAAGACCUACGUCCGACCUCUGGUCCGACAUACUCCAAACAGCAGUUAUGGCGUUAUCCCAUCAAAGUAGAUGUAGAUGUUCCGCUGUCUUCGCGAGAGUUGUUCAUUUUAUUUCAGCGCCUUGAUCAAGACGCUGAUGGGUAAAAUACUGACACCUACGUGGGGAUUUUUUAAGAUUAGUUAUGAGUUCUAACUCCUUGUUACUAAACUAGUAUAGCCAAAAUAACGGAAUAAAGAUCUAAAAUCC